UCAAUUAUUGGGAAGCUAAUUGAAGAUAGCAAACGGAAAAAUUGUGUAUGCUAAAUAAGCAAUCCAAUUUCUGGACACAUAAAUUAUAAAAACAUAAAGAGAAGCCAAAAACGAAAACAAUGGAUCAAGUUUAAGCCUAGUGGCUAUAAAUUUACUGUUCAACACUUAGAUGAGAGUUUCUCUAGUUCUCAUCUCCACAAUUCACGUACCACCUCUUACCUCAAAAGAAUUUUGUGGUCGAGAAAAGAGUAAAAAUAAAAAUAAAAAUAAAAAUAAACUGUUUUCACAAGCAAGAAAAGUGAUUCUCCUCUCUUUGUUAAGGACAAGAAUAAUUAACAAAGAACAACUCCAGGAAAAAUGAGUGAAAAAAUGGCUAAGGACAAGGCAAUUGGGGUAGCAGUGGACUUCUCAAAGAGCAGUAAAGCAGCUCUAAAAUGGACCAUUGAAAACUUGGCUGCUAAAGGUGACACCAUUUACAUCAUCCACAUCAAAACUCACACUCUCAGUGAGUCCCGCGAUCAGCUCUGGGCUAAAACUGGUUCUCCACUUGUUCCGUGGGUGGAGUUUAGGGAGCCAGAUGUGCUGAAGUAUUAUGAUAUCAAGAGUGAUGUCCAAGUUCUUGAUUUGCUUGAUACAGCUGCUAAGCAGAAAGAGAUAAACAUUAUGGCAAAAGUGUAUUGGGGAGAUGCCAGAGAAAAGGUAUGUGACUCUAUUGAAGAUCUGAAGUUGAAUUCAUUGGUCAUGGGUAGCAGAGGCCUAAGUACCAUCCAAAGGAUAAUGUUGGGAAGUGUAACAAACUAUGUAUUGGCAAAUGCUGCCUGUCCUGUGACUAUAGUAAAGGAUCCUGAUUUCCACAAGCAUUGAUGAGAAGUGAGUGCCAAAUGAAUAAGUGUUUUUUUUUUUGCUAAUGAAUGAAUAAGUGUUUAUUUUUUUGCUAAUGAAUGAAUAAGUUGAAACAUGAAUGGUUUUUAUAUGAUUUCUAUCUCUUAGGAUUUAACUUAUAUAUUACAACAGAUUAAUUACUC